CUUUCAUUGUAAUAUUAUUGUAUUUUUUGUUAUUUUAUUAAUAAAUAUUUAUACUUGUUUUUAAAUUUUUAGAAAACUAAAAUUUUGUAAAAAAUUAUUGAUACACAUUAUAAAGGGUUCAAAAACAAAAUCUAAAAAAUUUUUACACAACUAAAGUAACAUAUACACUCAAAUGAUUGUUACUAAUUUGGAUAAUAAUGGAAGGUAGGAGGAUUCCUAAUGUGUUGGUGGUGGGAACUCCUGGUUGUGGGAAGAGUACGUUAUGUGAGAGUGUUUUGAAGAGGCUUGAUGAGUUUUUUAGUUCGGAUCCCUCGGAAUCACGUCAUGUAACCCAUCUUGACAUCGCAAAGUUGAUAAAGGAGAAGAGGCUUUUCAAUGAAUGGGACGAUGAGAUGGACUGUUCAGUGUAUGACGAAGAGCUUUUAGAGAAGGAAUUGAGCACUUAUAACCUUUCAAAGGGCGGAUUUCUAGUCGAGUUUCACAGUGUUGAAUUCUUCGAAAACGAACAAUUUGACCGCGUUUACGUUCUUCUAACUGAGAUUGAAACUUUAGCCAGGAGACUGGAAGCCCGUAACUACAGUGAGUCAAAGGUUAAACAAAACCUACAAUGUGAGAUCUUCCAAACUUGCCUUUUUGACUCUUAUGAAGUAUUCGACCGCUACAAAGUUAUACCAGUCGACUCCAACAAUGAAGAAGACCUAGAAAAUAAUACUCAAUCUGUAAUCGACUAUUUUAUUGACUUCUCUUACUAAUAUACAUACACAUGUACAA